AUGGCGUUUCUUCUUGAUCUUUUGGGUUUGGGUCAUAGUAAAAACGCUUAUGAUCAGGUAUAUCAACAACAAAAUAAUUAUGGUGGCGAUUAUCAAAACUAUGGAGACAAUAUGCAACAACCUCACCAUAAAGCAUCAUGGACACAUGAACUGAUCGGUGGUGCAGCAGGUUUUGCAGCCAUGAAAGCUUAUGAAGAUCAUGUUCGUAGUACAGGUGAAAAAGUAUCACAUCCGUUGAUGAAGGAAAUGCUUGCAGGUUUUGCUGCCGCCGAGGUUGAUAGACUUUUUGAAACGAAAGGACUCGAUUUUCUUGAUCGAGAAAAGGCCAAACGGCGUGCUAUUGAUCAAGCACAUCAUAUCGCUAAUGAACAAUACGGACCAGGUGGAACUUUUAACUACGAACAAAAUCAGUACGGAUCCGCUCAAAAUUAUUAUCAGCAGCCAGGUGGACCAGGUUAUAAUCCACAACAAGGGGGACCAGGUUAUAAUCCACAACAAGGGGGACCUGAGUAUUAUCCACAACAAGGUGGACCAAAUUAUUACCCGCAACAAGGGGGAUCAGGUUAUUAUCCACAACAAGGCGGACCAAAUUACUACCCACAACCAGGUGGACCAGGCUAUAAUCCACAACAGGGAGGAUCAAAUUAUUAUCCACAACAAGGUGGACCAAGUUAUAAUCCACAACAAUGUGGACAAGGUUUUUACUGA